AUGCAAUGCCUAAAUCAACUACUUUCAACCAACCAACAGCAUUUUGGACUUGCACCGCCUAAUACUUGGCAAUACUACUCUAGUACUCUAAAAUCGAGUACUGCUCGCCGGAGAAUCAAGAUCAGUAACUCCUGCGAUCCUAGCUCCGGUCAUUGCCAGCUCAUCGAUAACGACAAACUCGGAGGGAGGUGGAUGGAGUUUCAAGGAAUCAAGAAUUGGGAUGGUUUGCUUGAUCCUCUAGACAAUGAUCUUCGCGAGGAAAUCCUAAGGUACGGAGAGUUUGUCGAAGCAGCAUAUAGCUGCUUCGACUUUGACACGUCAUCAGCCACGUAUGCAACAUGUCGGUAUCCCAAGGAUACGAUGCUGACACAGUGCGGACUAGGCCAGAGUGGGUACAAGGUAAUAAAAAACUUGCAUGCCACGUGUGCUGUUGAAAUGCCACGGUGGAUUGAUAGAUUCCCCAAGAUGGUGUCGCCGCGAUCCAGCUGGAUUGGUUAUGUGGCGGUAUGUGAUGACGUGGACGAGAUUGCUCGGCUAGGUCGCCGAGACGUUGUGAUUGCUUAUAGAGGUACUGCCACUUGUUCAGAAUGGCUUGAAAAUUUACGUGCCACGUUGACUUGCUUGCCCGAUGACAUGGCACCUGAAAACAGUGAACCUAUGGUACAGAGUGGAUUUUUGAGCAUGUACACUUCGAAAAUUGAAGGUAAUAGAAGUUUACAAGAUACAAUAUUAAAAGAAAUUGCCAGCAUUCUUAGUAAUUAUAGUGAUGAGACUCUGAGUAUAACACUUACAGGACAUAGCCUUGGAGCAGCCUUAGCUACACUUACAGCAUAUGAUAUAAAAACAAAAUUUAAUCACUUGCCAAUGGUAACAGUGUUAUCAUUUGGAGGGCCUAGAGUUGGAAACAAGAGCUUUAGGUACCAGCUGGACAAAAAUGGUACGAGGGUACUCCGAAUUGUCAACUCUGAUGAUCCCAUAACAAAAGUUCCGGGAUUCGUGAUCGACGAUGAUGACAUGGCAAGCCGAGGGGAUGCCACGCUGACGAGAUUGCCUAGCUGGCUUGAAAAGUGCAUGGAAGAUACUCAGUGGGUGUAUGCUGAGGUGGGAAAGGAGCUUAAGUUGAGUAGCAAAGAUUCUCCACAUCACAUUAGCAAAGGAAAUGUGGCAGCGUGUCACGAUUUGAAGACAUAUUUGCAUUUGGUGAACAAUUUUGUUAGCUCAUCGUGUCCCUUCAGGGCCACAGCUAAGAAAUUACUAAAGAGAGAAUCACGUGAAAGAAAAGCAGCUCUUGUUUAA